CAUAGCACACGGUAUGCUGCGCGCUAGAAGCAUAACAAAAGCGAAACAUACUAUGACAGCCAGAGUAGGCUAUAAAAGAAAUGCCCGUUGUCCGAUUCCAGCAUAGUUUCGUGUUGUUCAUCGUUCGUGCAGGUAGUCAACCAGAGACGAAAUGACUGGUCGUGGCAAAGGAGGCAAAGGACUAGGAAAAGGAGGUGCCAAGCGGCAUCGUAAAGUGUUGCGUGAUAACAUCCAGGGUAUCACGAAGCCCGCCAUUCGCCGCCUGGCCCGUCGUGGCGGCGUGAAGCGCAUCUCCGGUCUAAUCUACGAGGAAACCCGCGGUGUGUUGAAGGUGUUUUUGGAAAAUGUUAUUCGUGAUGCUGUUACAUACACCGAACACGCCAAGCGCAAGACUGUCACCGCGAUGGACGUUGUAUACGCUCUGAAGCGUCAAGGCCGCACGCUGUACGGUUUCGGAGGUUAAAUUCCAUUUCAUCGACUGCACUCAAAAAAGGCCCUUUUUAGGGCCACGAAACAUGUAAAGAAUUAAUUUGGCUUUCCGCAUUGUUGAAUUAUAAGGUCCCUGAAGGUGCACCCGCUGGCACGGGGCUCACCGUGGCAUUGGGUGAUUUUUUUCAAAGAAUGUGGACGUCCGGUCAGAUUCUGCUCUAAAAGGGCCUAAUUAUCGCGGUAU